AACGCGUGCUUGAGUCACGUGUCACGCAAAACAAAUUCAAUUGUUUGAUUUUUUGCGUCAGUUUGUUUUAAUGGUUUUGUUUAUUUUGUCUAAAAUGCUAAAUUCACUUGAAAAUAACAGCACUGUCAAACAGGAUGUGGAACAGCGUAAAAACGGAAGCACUAAAGUCCUCUCAAGAACUACAAUCGCAAAUCUUGGAAAAACGCGGACUAGUGCCUCGAUAAACGUUGAUUACGCCAAGGAUAAGGAGUUAAUUAAUAAUGGGUUUCAAAAAUUAGUGUCAAAUGUCGCGUUAAAGAAAGUUAUUAACAAGUCGUCAAAAGUGCAAACUGCUAAGAAGAAAGAAAGUAAAGUCGUGGCGUCAUCUCUACCGACCACUUUUCCAGAUCGAGAUCUGAGCUCUCAUAUCGUAUUGACCAAACAAAUGUCUGUUGAUAAAUGCACAAUGACUGAUUUUGGCGAAAAAGGGAACAAAGUGGACUUGGAAUCGUCGGUUUUUAGCGACCAACCCUACAGGGAUCUGCAGUGGACAGAUCCGAGGCUUUUGAAAAAAUACUCGCUAUAUAGACAACAAUACAAAAAAUCGUUGACGAUUCCCAUUGUAAAUAAAUCGGAGUAUGGUUCAGAUGUAAAUUCGGACGACGACGCUGAACUUUUCUAUUCGAAGAAUAAACAAUUUUUAUUUAAAAGUCUUUAUUAUUUUAGUACAACUUCUCUUUCAUUCGUUGGAACAAUGUGUGGCAUAACUUUGAUUACCGUAGUCUUGUGGAAAAUUCUCGAUGAGCAAUUAAUACAACUUAACUUUACACUAGAAGCACCUAAGCAUGCCUUAUUUUUUCAGCGAAAUCUUGUAAAUUUUAUAAGUGCUGCAGCAAAUGUGGUUCAGACGCUGUUUGGGAAAGUCGUACGAGUUUUAACGAUGACGACAAGUGAAGCGUUUGCGAAAGACACAGACCCCAGAACGUGGUACAGCUUGUAUUAAUAAAUUUUUUGUGGGGUAAAUCAAUAAAAAGCACCGGUAGUUAUGAAAAUUUA